AAAAAGUGACCGUGAUAGCUAAUGAGAAUUAGUGCUGCUAGUAUUUAUCUUUAUUGUCUAUAUAGUAUACUAAUGAAAAGAAGGAAAUAGUACUUGCUUGUUUUACUUUGGCGUUUAGUUUUGCGGUUUUUAGUUGUACCUAUGCCUAUUCUUUGUAAUUGGAUUCUGCAAUUAGGUUGAACCAUACCUUUUGUCCGGUAAUUCAAGGUUAAAUAUGUUUAUAGUAAAAAAAUGUUAGAUUUGGUCUUGAUUUACAGAAAUAAUAUAUUUCAGGUGUCAAGUGGAAGGAACCACACUUGACACAUUUGCAUAAAAUAUAAAUCUUUUUUAGGAACUAAAAGCUAACAAUUCCCCUACUUUGAUGUCUAAAAAUGUAUUUAACUCGUUAUUGUUUUUUACUAAGGGACUGAAUUAUGAGUUAACUAAUGGAAUUUGAUUUUGUAUAAGGUUUUACUACUGAAUCACUGAGCUACACACAAAAAGACAGCAUUAUUUCUGAGAUUCCAGCAACUAUUGCUGCUGUUAAGAACCCGACCUCUACGAUUGUCUAUGAUGAGCACAACCAUGAAAGGUUUCCCCCAGGUGACCCCAGCAAGAGGGCAUUUGCUUACUUUGUCCUUACUGGUGGUAGGUUUGCUUAUGCCUCUCUGGUUCGUCUCCUAAUCCUCAAGUUUGUGCUUAGCAUGUCUGCUAGUAAGGAUGUUCUUGCUCUGGCUUCACUUGAGGUUGAUCUCUCCAGCAUUGAGCCUGGCACCACGGUGACCGUAAAGUGGCGUGGAAAACCGGUGUUCAUCAGGCGCCGGACAGAGGAUGAUAUCAAGCUGGCAAACAGUGUUGAUGUUCUGUCUCUUCGUGAUCCCCAACAGGAUGCAGAGAGGGUGAAGGACCCAGAAUGGCUCAUUGUAAUUGGGGUUUGCACACAUUUGGGCUGCAUUCCAUUGCCAAAUGCUGGUGACUUUGGUGGGUGGUUUUGCCCAUGCCAUGGAUCACAUUAUGAUAUUUCAGGCAGAAUUAGGAAGGGACCAGCACCAUACAAUCUGGAGGUUCCUACCUAUUCCUUCUUGGAUGAGAACACGUUAUUGAUUGGUUGAAAAUGGUUGUUCUGCAUACAAAUGAGAUGAGUUUACCAAUUGGGUUGAGUAAGUUACAAUGUGC